AUGAUGAGACGCUAUAUUGCUCUUGAUCUCCGCAAAUUGUCAACAUUUCGAUUCGAGUAUGUGCUGGACCAAAGACUAUGUGACAAUUUUGUGGGGGCUGAGGCCGUGCCCUUUUUGGUGGGGGCGAUUCUAGACUUGUGUAAUCACUUUGGUUCCCAAUGCAUCGAAUCUGAUUCCGAAGUACGUGGUCAACUCGAGCUAAGUAGCCAGCAAUUGAAUGUACUUGAUACCACCCACUUCCAUAUCAUUGAGUUUUGA